AUGCUGCAGAAAAUCAAGGAAGUAUUCCGCUACCUUGCCAAUCUUCAGUGGGCCGAACAUUUCCAAAAGAAAUGCAUAUUCUGCAACAUUAAAGCCAACGAGAUCAUCGUCGAGAAUGAUCUAUGCAUAGCUAUCAACAAUAUAACAAACGCAGGAGAGGCGCACUGGCUCAUCCUACCCAGAUCACAUAUCCGGGAUAUCGAAAAUCUCAGCUCUGAACACCUUGAGCUACUGCGGUCAAUGGAUGAGUUAAAGCGCCUCCUCCUGAGCAGGCGUCCUGGGUUGUCUCCUUCCGAAAUCCACUCUGGGUAUCAUCGAGGUGGGAGGAUCUUUUUUGGUCGCUUCAGUUUCCUUCGUUUCCGUUUUCCAGACACUAUUUCAGUCCACCACUUGCAUCUGCAUGUCAUCGUUCGACCACAGUUUCUCAAAAAAUGGUUCAAAUAUCCGCCUUGGCUACCUCUCAUGUGGAAGUCCGACGAAAAACUGCUUCGGGAGGUUGAGAAGUUAGCGUCGAAAGGGAUGAUGAUUAAAAGGGUAUAUUAA